CUCAGAAACGACGAGCGAUGAGUAUUUGGAAGGAAAGGUUACACAUCAAAGGAAGUCCUGAAGCGUUUAACUUCUUAGACGAUGACAAUCCCCCAGUUUCAUUUGUGAAGUUUUCGCCAAACGGCAAGUACAUUCUUGCAGCCACUUUGGACAGUACGAUAAAACUUUGGGACUUCAAUAAAGGAAAGUGUCUGAAACAGUACACCGGUCACAAAAACGAAAAGUACUGCGUAUUUGUCAAUUUUUCGUGGAUCGUCAGCGGUUCUGAAGAUAACAUUGUUUACAUUUGGAACCUUCAGACGAAAGAAAUCGUUCAAAAACUGUCCGGACAUUCAGGUAGAGAAACGCAACAGUAAUC